AUGGCGAUUACCGACAAACUGCCCGAACCCAACAACUCGUCAUCCUUGCAGCAUAACGCACCUAUUCACAAGGCUAAAAAGGUCAGGGAGUGGCUCGAUAAUCAUGGAAUAGAUGUCAUGGAAUGGCCACCAUAUUCGCCAGAUUUGAACCCCAUCGAGAAUCUCUGGUUUGAGCUCAAAUGUCUCGUCAACGCGAUCGAUCCAGAGCUUCAACACACUAACGGAGACUCUCAAGAGGUACUCGAUCGAUUUGCAAAGGUCAUUACAAAGGCCUGGGCUAGUAUCGAUAGGAAAAAGAUCAAGAAUGCCGUGAAGAGUAUGGACAAGAGGGUCAACGCUGUUAUUGAGGCCAAAGGCUGGUAUACGCGAUUUUGA